GACAGCGUCGCGCUAGCCAGCCGGUGGGCGCGGUGGUCCUGGCUCUGAGGCUGCGGCAGGCGCGUGGGCGAGCUGGGGGCGAGACCGCUCCGGGCGGAGGGCGUGGGAAUCGGAAGGUGCUGUCCUCCCUUUGGACACCCGCGAGGCUGGGCGGCCUCUGUAAGAGUUGGGGCCAAGCUGGGGCCUGAGGGAGCAGUGCGCUGGCGCUGGGGACGAAAGCUGGACUGGAAGCGAAGACCCGCACCGUCAGCGCGGACCUGUGUUGUUGGGGGACUCGGGCGACCUCCGUCCUCGCUGCACUCUGGCUCGUCCCGGAGCAUAGCUGGAGGGGAGCGGAUGACCCCAGGAAGAGCGGGCUGGCGAGCAAGUGGAUAGAGCUGGAGGGGAUGGGACCCCGCUCUAGGGCAGGGUGCACAGAAAAACCUCGGAAAAGCUUGAAACGUGUGGAGGUUAAAGAUCCAAAAGCUUGAACUGGGAUAUUUGACUUAACUCCCCUUUGUCCAUGCGUGCUGAGUUAAUUCCCGGCUCCACCGAGCCUGCUGUAUGCCAAAAUAGUCAAAGUGAUCCCCCGGUUCCUGUAGUUUAUUUGGUUCUCAUUGUUGCCCUGUCACUCCUCGUUAAGUCGACCCUAGGAAGGGAGCUUGUUCUAUUAAAUGUCCCUGAAAGGACGUUUUAAGAGCUCUUUAAAAAUUCUCAUACAGUAUAUAGAUAUCUUUGGUACCUGAAUUUUAUCAGAGGCUUUUUGAAAGGGCACAGUUGAAAUGUUUGAGGUUUUUGCUCUGUUUUUAUUUGAUGUUUCCAGGAGACCACCCAGAUUUUCAUUUCAAGAACUUUGUGUAUUGUAACAAGUAACAAAACAUAGACAAUGCUUUCCUUUAAUAUUGUUUAGUUUCCAUGAUACGACAAGCUUCAGAGGUGGCCAUUGGCACUUGACAGGCAGACCUCUGGUACUGCCAGUUUGUGGAUCUUGGUUAAUUUUGCAUGGAUUUUGGGUCUGAUUUUUGAUUCAGAGUUCUCUUCUUUCUCCUUAAAGGGGGGGGGCAGGGUUUUUUUUUUUUACCUUAUCAAGAGAUUCAAUGCAGGGUUUUGCUAUAGUUCUGUCUGGCCUUGAACUUGCUAUGUGGCCCAGGCUGAUCUUGAACUCUCCUGCCUCAGGCUCCUAAGUGCUAGGAUUCCAGGAGACUGUGCAGUCUUUUUAACUGAUGAAGAACAAGGCUCUGGCUUCCUCUAAUUCUGAAGUGGAGUCACUCAACAAAACACUUAUUCCCAGUUAAAAUAUAGGCAUUAGGAAUAGAGGCUGCCACAAACCCUGGAGUCGCUUCAUUGGCUUUCCCGCUUCUUUUGCAUCCCAAAGCAUAAGCUUAAAUCAUCUCAGAAGGAAAAGGUCCGCCAGUUUAUGGCCUGUACUCAGGCCGAUGAGAGAACUGCUAUCUACUGCCUAACACAGAAUGAGUGGAAACUAGAUGAGGCCACCGACAGCUUCUUCCAGAAUCCAGACGUGUACUACAGGGAAUCCAUGCGGAACGCUGUGGACCAGAAGAAGCUGGAGCAGCUGUAUGGCAGGUACAAAGAUCCACAAGAUGAAAACAAAAUUGGAAUUGAUGGGAUUCAGCAGUUUUGUGAUGAUUUAAGCCUAGAUCCUGCCAGUAUCAGUGUUCUGGUCAUAGCAUGGAAGUUCAGGGCUGCCACUCAGUGUGAAUUUAGCAAAAAAGAGUUUGUAGAUGGCAUGACAGAGCUUGGGUGUGAUAGCACAGAAAAGCUGAAGGCUCUUCUGCCCAGAUUGGAACAGGAGCUUAAGGACUCUACGAAGUUUAAAGACUUUUAUCAGUUUACCUUUAGCUUUGCUAAGAACCCUGGGCAAAAGGGUUUAGAUUUGGAAAUGGCAGUUGCCUACUGGAAAUUAGUACUGUCUGGAAGGUUUAAAUUUUUAGAUCUUUGGAACACGUUCCUGCUGGAACAUCACAAAAGAUCAAUUCCAAGGGAUACUUGGAACCUUCUGCUAGAUUUUGGAAACAUGAUUGACGAUGACAUGUCUAACUACGAUGAAGAAGGAGCCUGGCCUGUCCUCAUAGAUGACUUUGUGGAGUAUGCACGGCCAGUAGUCACAGGUGGAAAACGCCGUCCCUUCUAGGAGGAAGACAGGUGUGUGGAGGUUGGAAGACAGCGGCGUCUGCAGAGAAAUGAGUGGCCAGUCGCUGCAUGUGUGUUGCUGCUCUGGCAGCCGUCCUCGCCAGCUAUGGGACUGGAGCCUGUACUUUGCGCCGCUCCAGGAGAAACUCCUUGUAGCAGCCGCUCGGGCAAGUGGAGAUGUGUCAUCACCAUUGCCGCUUUAGGAGAUUCCCCAUGACCUAGAGUCACACCAUAACCAGUGCUGUUUGCAGAACUGCUGAGCAUGUUGUUCAGUUGUGACCUAGGUGAACACCAGUAGUUAUGAACUGCUGAGUCACUGAAAUUACCCAUAAAGAACAGUGUGUGUAUGUGUGUGUCUUGGGCAGAGUGGUGUGUUUCUCUACAAGUCAGAGCUGUUGAAAAUGUGCUCUGGCCGGGUGUAGUGGUGCAUACCUGUGAUCCUAGCACUCAGGAGGCGGAGGCAAGUGGAUGGCUGCAAGUUUAAGGCCAGCCUGGGCUACAGAGUGAGUUCAAAUUUAGCUUGAACUAUGUAAUGAGACCCUGUCUCAAAAAGACCAAAAAAGAAAAAGAUGUGCCCUCCUGGAGGUGACCUUGAUAGAGUCUGAUGUUUUCUAAUUUUGGUGCCAGAAAUUCAAGAUUUAUAUUUUUGAAUUAUCAGAUACCUAGAUUUACCAGAUCUAUUUUUAUUUUCAUUUUCUCUAGAUGUUUAUGUGAAAGUCGUUUUGCACUUUUGAGAUGCCAUUAGUUUGCACAGUAGUGACACGUUGAGUGUGACUCCAGCACAGUUUUACUUUAAGCUGUUUACAGGCCAGUGGGCCUAUUUUACUUCUAAUGAUGUUAUUUGAACUUCCUGAGAAGUUUCAUAUUUUUAAUGUAUUUUAUUAUAUUUAAAAAGACAUUUUUCCAUAAAAACCAUUUCUUUUUGAGUAAUGAGUUACAAGUUUAGAAAUCAGGUGCACUGGCUCCCUUCCCCUUUCUGUGACACCCGCAGCUCCCAGAGGCCAGCCCCGCAGAGGAGAUGGGGACCGACACACGGCUGUGCUGAUGCACCGUGUCUGAGCGCCUCGGGAAUGCCGCAGUCUGUUCCUUUGCUGUUGGCAUCUGCUGGCCACCGCAGCCAGUGCAGUCCCACUGAGGCACACUGGCCUAGAGGAUCCAGUGCCACCUGCUCUCCUGGUGGCAUGCUUUGAACGGCACCGUGCUGACUCUGCCUCGCAUUUGCCAAGACUUUGCAUCACAAGUGUGCCUUGCCCCUGCCUGACACGCUGUGGAGUGGACUGGCUGGGCCCGCUCCAGGUCAGGUGUCCAUCGUCCGGAAGCAGCUCCUCCUGGCCCAGGGAUUGUGUCCUGCUAUAGGGCAAGCUGGUGACCUUCCUUGGGUCUCUAGCAGAGUCUGUAAAAGGGAAAGCCGGGCAUCUCCUCCUUCAAAACUCUGACUCAGAAUUUAUUUAGCAUAAUAAAACCCAAGAAACGUGGAAGCAUCCUGGGCUUUGUGGAUCUUUACUUCAGAGAAGUUUAUAGAAUUAAAAUAACUAUAAAUUAUGUGGGUAUGCAAUACUUUAUAAAUUUAAAGUUCUGUGGGGCUAUCAGUAGAUGCCAAAUCAUUAACUGGAAAAAGGCUCUUCAAAAAAUCAUUCUUUUCCUCUUUAAGACUUGUGCAUGCUAUGGAAAUGGUAAGAACUUAAGGAAAAAUUAAGGAAUAAAUUACUUUCUGUGGUUUUGUUUGUUCUCA